GUCUCGUGACAAUCAAACCACGCUACACAGUGAGGCCCCGUCGAUUUUCUUAGCAGAUUCCAUGACGAUGUACGCACUGGUCCUUCCGCCUACUCCCUAAUUAUUGAAAUCUGUUCUAAAAAUCGCAGCUACGGUCCUCACUACAAAGUCACGGAAACAAUCGGACGCAAUCGCUUUUCCAACAACAGGCUUUUUGUUCAACAGAAAGCCUGCGCCGAGAUAAAAUGGCACGAAAUUGCUGCGGCAUUUCCAUCUUCAGCUAUGAAUGUCGCCUUAUUCCCGACAUGGUUGGACCAACAGGACUAAGACUGAUACGCAGAGUAUUGCCAGAACAUCUGCAGAAUGAUGAUCUGGAGGCAGGGCAUAAAAAUGUCGAGUGGGCACCCGUCGGAAGUCCAAUGCUUCACACUGCUGAUAUGUGGCAUAACUACAAGGUUUCGGAGCAGCCUAAAGCAAGACUCCUCAGCGGACUGAAGCCUCUCAAGGACGGUUGAUCUCGACAAAAAUCUACCUCGAUAUGCACCGUGAUCUCUAAUUCCGCACAAUUUGACAAUCAUAAUCAGCUUGAAAUCACACAGCCUC